UUGUUUCUCUCCACUUCAAUCAGUAACGUAGAGUGUUUACUUCUAAACAACUGUCUGUGUCAAAACAAUUGGAAUCAUGAAGAAUUUAUACAUUCUGUCAGCCGUAUUCCUGUCAAUGCUCGUAGUGGUAGUAUACUCUGACGAUACCAUAAUCCUACCAAUCCCAAAAGAAUGCCCAAAGAAAGACUCUGUCAAUGCCACUGUCAACCUUGCUCAUGAGACCAACUGUUCCCUGUUCUACUCCUGCCAAAAUGGCAAGAAGAUUCUUCUGGUUUGUCCAAAAUUGAAUAAGGAAGGUGACAGACUAUUCUUCAACCCAAAACUUCAAGUUUGCGAUUGGCCAGAGAAUGUAAAGUGUGAAAACAAACCCAAACCAGGGGAAGGUGAGGAUGAAGCUGAAGAAGGUGAAGGCGAAGAAGCUGGAGAGGGAGAAGGCGGAGAAGGAGAAGGAGAAGGAGAAGGAGAAGGAGAAGGAGAAGGAGAAGGAGAAGGAGAAGGAGAAGGAGAAGGAGAAGGAGAAGGAGAAGGAGAGAAAGCUGCACCAACAGUCAGGAACAAUAUCCUCACCAGAAUGUGGACGACACGAGUAUAAGAAUAAUUAAAAAAUUAUCCAAUGUGUAUACACAUGUCACGAGACGCGUUAGUUCGUUAAAAAUAAAGAAAAGUCUCGUUUAAAUUUGUUAUUUGUUUGCAGUUUGUGUACACAGUGUACUUCAUAAUUUAAUGUAUUCUGCACAUCAUGUGAAAAGAUAUAUGCAAUAAUGUGUAAAUGAUAAUUAUAUGGUAAUGUAAUCCUGAUUAUCAAGAUUAUAUCUUAUGCAUAAAAUGAAA